AUGAGAAAAAAAUCAAUCUUAAAGAAAGCAAGAUAUUUAUCACAAGCAGAAGAAACUUCCUGUAUAUUAGAUGAACAAAAUGGUGAAACAAAAGAAAAUGGAGAUAACUCUAGUGAAAAAAGUAAACUCAAUACAGAAAUUAAAACAUUUGUGGAAGAUAGUAAUAAUGAACUUAAUUUUUAUCUUGAUGACGAAGAAAUUAGUAAUGCUACAGAAAAAUGUCAAAAGUCAUCCUCAUAUGUAAAUUGGAGAGGAAUGGACUUUGUUAAUUUAGUAUUAAAUGAAGAAACAGAUCGUAAUAUCUCAAGUCUUGUUAAUUGUUGGAAUAAAAAACAAAGUUUUUUCGAGACACAAAUACGUAUGAAAACAAGUCCAACAUGUAAUUUGAAAAAUUUUGAUUAUUGUGCUGUUUUGAAUAAAAAUGAUAAUUGCACCAAUCCUUAUAAAGAUAGUGAUUUACCAGAUUUAAUACCAUUAACAUAUAGCCAACUCAAUGAGGAUCAAUAUCAAUCAAAUAAAACUAAAAUUAUUUAUGAUAGACUUACUAAGUUUACUAAUAUUACUAGUGAUAUAUCUAAUUACUAUUAUAAAGUAUAUGAAGCUAAUAAAAGUCAACUUAAUUGUGGAAAGUGGAGUAUGUACAUACAUAAGAGAGGAAAACAAUUUGUAAAUAUGGUGUACAAUGAGUUUUAUUCCGAAGAAUCUUUUAGAAAAGAUUCUACUAAUAUUUGGAACACUUAUAGUAAUAGAUUGCAAAAUAGUAUAUUAAGUGAAACAGGUAAUCCUUGUAAUAUGACAUCACUAAUUUAUGAAAUUAAAAAGAGAGAAAACACAAGUGACCCAUAUGGUUUAAAUUGGAUUACUUCAGAUAACCAGGAAAAUUCUAAUGGAACUUUAUAUCCUACAACUCCAUUACCAACUAUUACGCAACCUACAGCGGAAACAUCAGAUACAUCACAUGUUAGGAAUGAUGUAGAUCCAUUAGAUGAUGAUGCAAAAGCUAGAAUUGGCGGUUAUAGGGAUUCUAAAAAUGUUACCCUAAAUGCUAUAGCAUCACCGGAUGAUGAAGAUAAAGCUUCAGCGGCUGCAAAAGCUACAAAUGCUGUUCCCCUAGAAGAUCCAUCAAAAUCCCAUUCUUUAACUUCAAAUAAUACGAAUGGAUAUGGCUCUAAAACUGAUCCUUCAAUUUUACCUUCUCCUAUAAAUGAUACCGAUACGCAUUCUAAUACUAUCAUUAGAUCUUCUGAAAACAAUACUACACCUUCUCCUGAAACCGUAACUUCUCCUGAGACUGUACCAUCUGUUACACCCAUGUUUUCUUCCAGUACCAAUUCAUCUUCCUCAGAAAUUCCUGCAUACCCUAUUGAUGGGUCUACUAAUUCUACAACUAAUGUUGGUUCUUCUCUAUUGAAUGGUACACUUUCUACAAAUAGUCAUUCAUCUCCUGCUAUGGAUAUGCCCGAAUCUCCCACUCCUAUAAGUGUACAACCUAUAACUGUUACUGAAAUUAAUUCUAAUCGUACUGCAACUUUUGUAAAUGAAUCUUUAUCUUAUACACCUCAUUCUAAACCUCCUAUGGAGGUACAUAUUCCUCUAAAUAAAAUGGAACUUUCCAAAAAUGAUACUAUGUCUCCAUCCCCAUUUAAAUCCUUAGCGCCUUCACAUAUCAAUGCAGCUCCUAAUAAUACAAUUGAAUCUGCUACAAUAAAUAAUGAUACACAAUUAUUUGGAAAAAGCUAUUCCUCAUCACAAAAUGAACUUACUCCUAUUGCUCAACCUAGUAAUUUACCUUUAAUCAAAGUUCAUGAUGAUACAUUAGCAAAUUGUACGAACAUAUGUACUCCAAAUAUUAAUACCACACAAGCUCCAUUAGAUGAGGGUACUGAAGUUACCCCUACUGUUAAAACCACAGGAAAUGUACUAAUAGCAACCGUUUCAGUAGGUAUAUUCAUUUUAGGAAUUGUUCUCCUUUUAAUUAUUAUAUAUAGAUGCACUCCUAUUGGAUCUUGGAUUCGUAAUCGAAAAUCAAAGAAAAAAAAAAUAAGAAAAAAGAUAAAAAAAAUUUCAAAGAAACCAAUGCCAUCAUCUACAAAUAAUAUAGAGGAUGGACCAAUGAAUAGUGGAAAUCACUCUUUGUUACAGCAUGAAAAACAAAUACUACAAUGUGAGGUUAGUUUUGAAAGUGAAGGAAAUUUGAAACAUGAGCAGAGCGAAAAAUCCAAAGAACGUAAAGGAAUAUACAAUGAAAAAGGAAAUAUACGCAUUUGUAAUGUUACGAAAGAAGGGUCAAAUAAGCAUGAAAAUGAAUUUAUAAAUGAAGAAAAAUUAAAUAAAGAUAAUUCUAAAAGUGAAAUUGAAAAAAUGGAAUUGAAUGUAGAUGAAUCCAGAAAUGAAAUUAAAGAUGAAUUAAAUAAAAAUAUAUUAGAAGAAAAUCCUCUUCAUGCUGUAGGGUAUAUUGGGAAUGAUACAUUAAAUGAGGAAAUAGAAAAUGAAAUAAAUUUGCAAAAAGAAAAACCUACAUGUGAUUUUGAAAUGAAAAAUUUAGGAAAUAAAAGGUCAAUCAAGAAUGAUGUAUGUAAUUGGAAUUCAUGGGUAGAUAUACAUAUGACUGCAUUACUAGAGUGUAAAAAAGAGGAAUGGAAAUUGAAUAAAAGUGAAUUUUUUAAAAUUUGCUUAAAAGAAUUCGAAAAAGAUGGAGAAAAUUCUAAUUUAAAAGAAAUGGGAAAUAAUUUUGUAAUAAAAAUAAAAGAAGAAAAUAGUACCGAUACAACGGAUAAAAAUAGUAGUAUAUUAGAGAAAUAUAAAAAUGAAAAGUGGUUUAUUAAUUUGAAGAAAGAAUGGGAACAAGAACAAAAAAAACACUUAGAAUAUUUAGAAGAGCAUGAAAUUAAAAAAAUGAGAGAAAUGGGAGUAAAUAAUUUUAUUCUAGAUAAAAAAAAAAAAAUAUGGAAGAAAUGGAUAGAAUGGCAAAUAGAACAUUCAUACGAAUACAAAAAUCAGAAUUGGUUUUCAGAAUUGCUAGAAGAAUAUGAAAAAGAAGAAAUACAUGAAAAUUUAAAGGAAGAAAAAAUAGAGAAAGAAAGAAAUAAUGGAAUAGAUAAAAAUGAAAUGAAGAAAAAUUUGGAAAGGAGAAUUUUGUUAGAUAUUCAUAUGAUGGUAUUAGAAGAAUGUACGAAAGAAGAGUGGGAAAAAGAAGAAGAAUUUUUUAAAGCAAAUAUGGAAGAGAUAAAAAUAUAUAAAAAUUUGGACGAAGAAACAAACAUAUUAGAUAAAAUAGAGAGAGAAAGAAGUUGGAAUGUUAUAUCAGAGAAAAAAAAAGAGGAAAUAGAAAAAUGGAAAAAACAAAAAUGGUUUAUUGAGUUAAUGUUAGAAUGGAAAAAUAAAGAAGAAAAAUAUAUAAUGGAGAUAAAUGAAGAAAUUUUAGCAAAAAAGAAUCAAGGAAGAGUAAUAGAUAUCAUUUUAGAAAGACAAAGUAAUAUAUGGAAAAAACACUGCGAAAAUAUCUGUAAAAAGUGGGUAGAAGAUGAAAACAAUGAAGAAUGGUUUACAAAGUUAGUUAAUGAAUAUGAAAAUGAAGAGAAAGAACAUGAAAGUAGAAUUUAUAAAAAAAGUAUAGAAAAAGAAAAGGAAAAUGAAAAAACCAUAGAACGAGAGGAAUCAAUAACAGAGAUUAAUAAAUUGAAGGAAGGAAAAAUGAGAAAAUAUGAAAAGAAUAAUUUAGAGGAAUCAUAUGAAAUGAAUAAUUUAGAGGAAUCAUAUGAAAUGAGUAAUUUAGAGGAAUCAUAUGAAAUGAGUAAUUUAGAGGAAUCAUAUGAAAUGAGUAAUUUAGAGGAAUCAUAUGAAAUGAAUAAUUUAGAGGAAUCAUAUGAAAUGAAUAAUUCUAAAAUAAACAAAAAAAAAUUAAAAUGGGAAACUUUAAUAGGAAUAUAUAUGGUAAUAUUAGAAGAAUGUAGAAAAGAGGAGUGGUUAUUGAAUAGAGGAAAAUUUUUAGAAACCUGUUUAGAAGAAUUUAUAGAAGAAGAUAAAGAAAAAUAUCCAAAAAUAAUAGAAAAUGAUUUAGCAAUGAUAAAAGAAGGGGAAGAAGACAUUAGUACAUUGAUGAUUGAGAAACAAAAACUUUUAUGGAAAAAAUGGGUAGAAAGAAACAAAAGAAUGUCAGAGAAAUGGAAAAAUGACGAAUGGUUUAUUAAUUUGAAAAAAGAAUGGGGAAAAGAACAAGAAAAAUAUGAUGAAUUAACAAAUGAAUCAGAAAUAGUAGAAAUAGAAGCAGGAAAAAAUCCUAUGCUAGAAAAACAAAAAAGAAUAUGGAAACAGUGGCUAAAAAAACAAAGAAAGUGGUUUAUACUACAUAGCGAGGAAGAAUGGUUUAACAAUUUAUUAGACGAAUACGAAAAAGAAGAAGAACGUAAGGAAGGAAUAACUAAAAACGAUGCGAAAGAAGAGAAGGAAAUUCAUGAAAAUAUAGAGGAAUUGAAACAAGAAGCAGAUGAAGAAAUAGAGAAAAAUAGACAAAAAAGGGAGAAAUUGAUACAGAACAUUUUGAUAGAAAUACAUAUGACGCUAUUAGAAGAAUGUAUGAAAGAAGAAUUGCAAAAAGAAAAAGAAUAUUUUUUUAAAAAAAUGGUGGAAGAGUUGAGAAUACAAGAAAAUUUAGAUGAGGAUGUUAACAUACUGGAAAUAAGAAAAAAAAGUAGGAAUGUUAUAUUAAAUAAUGAUAAAGAGAAAAUAGAUGAAUGGAAAAAAAAAAAAUGGUUUAUAGAGUUAAUAUUGGAAAUGAAAAGAAAAGAAAAGGAAUACAUAAAAGAAAUAUAUGAUGAAAUGAUAGCAAAAAAGAAUGAGGAGAAAAUUAGAAAUCCCAUGUUAGAAAGGCAAAAAAUUAUAUGGAAAAAACACUGUGAAGAUAUUCAUAAGAGGUGGAUAGAAAAAAAUAAUAAAGAAUGUUUUACAAGACUAAUUUAUUAA